AAAAAAAAAAAAAAAAGGAACGGGGAGAGCGGACCCCGGUGGGAACUGCGCUCUCUCUUUUUCUCUCUCUCUCUCCCCCCCGCCGGAAACGGAACCAGCCGCGAGGCGGAGCUUUGUUUCCCUCCCCCCCCCAAAACACACACCGCCCCCCCCCCCAGCCAGGCGGGGAGUCCGCUGCCUGGAAAUAUACUUCAAAGUCCGCUCAGAAAUCUCUUUGGAGGGAUAUUCCAGGAAAACCCCAGAAGAAGAAUCGCUAAGUUGACUUCACGUUCUUCUCCCUUCCCCUUUUCCCAUCCUCCACUGCCCCAAGAUGGCUUCCGACAGCCCAGAGUCGUUGAUGAGUUUGUGCAUAGAUUAUUGUCUUCACAACCUGGAAGGGACUCUCUGCUACCUGUUGGACAACGAGACUUUCCGCCUCCAGACAGAUAUUUUCCUUCCGAGCGAGAUCUGUGACAGGCUGGUCAAUGACUACGUGGACCUAGUAAACGCAGACACCUUGUUUGAACACAACGAAAACUUUUUUAGUCUCUUUUCGGAUCCCCGGAGCACUCGGCUUGCCCGCAUCCACUUGCGGGGCGACAUUGUCCAGGAUCAAGACCUGGAGGCCAUUCGGAAGCAAGACCUGGUUGAGCUUUUCUUGACCAACUGUGAGAAGCUGACAGCCAAGAGCCUCCAGACCCUGGGCAGCUUCAGCCCCACCCUGGUGUCGCUCAGCCUCUUCGGCUGCACCAACUUCUUUUACGAAGAGGAGAACCCGGGCGGCUGCGAGGACGACUUCAACCCCACCCGGCAGGUCUUGGUGAAGGACUUCACUUUUGAAGGCUUCCGGCGCCUACGUUUCCUCAACCUGGGCCGGUUGAUUGAAGGGAUCAACGUGGAAAGCCUCCUGCGGCCGCUGGCCUCCCUCACCGCCCUGGAUCUCUCCGGGAUCCAGCUCAACGACAUCCACUUCCUGACCCAGUGGAAGGACAGCCUCGCCUCCUUAGUGCUGUACAAUAUGGAUCUCUCCGAGGAGCACAUUCAGGUGAUAGCUCAGCUGCGGAAGCUCAGACAUCUAGACAUCUCCCGAGACUGCCUGUCCAGUUAUUACAAAUUCAAGCUGACUCGCAAAGUCCUGAAUCUCUUCGUGGAGAAUCUGAUCAACCUGACUUCCCUGGAUAUCUCGGGUCACACCAUGCUGGACAACUGCACCGUCGCCUGCUUGGAUGAGAAAACAGACCAGACCAGCACCAACCCGGGGAAAAGCAGCAUCGCCCCCUUCCGGAACCUGAAAAGACCCUUGCAGUUCUUGGGGCUGUUCGAGGUGUCUCUUUGCCACGUCACACAUAUCCCAGCUUACAAGGUGACCGGGGAGAAGAACGAAGAGCAGGUUCUGAACGCCAUUGAGGCGUACACCGAACACCGGCCAGAAAUGACAUCGCGAGCCCUCAACAUCCUCUUCGACAUUGUGCGGAUCGAGCGCUGCACCCAGCUCUUGAGAGCCCUAAAGCUGGUCAUCACUGCCCUGAAAUGUCACAAGUACGACAAGAAUAUCCAGGUGACGGGAAGCGCCGCCCUCUUCUACCUCACCAACUCCGAGUACCGCACGCAGCAGAGUACCCGGUUACGACAACAGGUCAUUCAGGUGGUGCUGAACGGGAUGGAGUCCUACCAGGAGGUGACGGUGCAACGGAACUGCUGCCUCACCUUGUGCAAUUUUAGCAUCCCCGAAGAGCUGGAAUUCCAGUACCGAAGGGUCAACGAGCUGCUGCUCAACAUCCUGAAUCCGACGCGGCAGGACGAGUCCAUCCAGCGCAUCGCUGUGCAUCUCUGCAACGCCCUGGUCUGCCAGGUGGACAACGACCACAAGGAGGCCGUCGGCAGGAUGGGGUUCGUCAUGACCAUGCUGAGGCUGAUUCAGAAGAAAUUGGGGGAUAAAAUAUGCGAUCAGGUGAUGGAGUUCUCCUGGAGCGCUUUGUGGAACAUCACCGACGAAACGCCAAGCAACUGCGAGAUGUUCCUGAACUACAGUGGCAUGAAACUCUUCCUGGAGUGCUUGAAAGAGUUUCCGAACAAGCAGGAGCUGCACCGCAACAUGCUGGGCCUUUUGGGAAACGUAGCCGAAGUCCAAGCUCUCCGUCCUCAGCUUAUGACCUCCCAGUUCAUCAGCGUCUUCAGCAAUUUAUUAGACAGCGAAGCCGACGGGAUCGAAGUGUCGUACAACGCCUGCGGGGUCCUUUCCCACAUCAUGUUUGACGGGCCAGAGGCCUGGCUGAUCGCUGAGCCCAGCAGGGACCAGGUGGUGGACCGGAUGUGGGCGGCCAUUCAACGCUGGGACGUCAAUUCCAGGCGGAACAUUAACUACAGGUCCUUUGAACCAAUUCUGAGGCUCCUCCCUCAGUGGGUCUCCCCCGUCAGCCAACACUGGGCCACGUGGGCCCUUUACAACCUGGUCUCCGUGUACCACAAAUACUGCCCCCUGUUGAUCAAAGAGGGGGGCCUUCAGCUCCUGCAGGACAUGAUUCAGAUGGCAUCAGCACGGCCAGAAACCCAGGCGAUGGGAAGGAAAGUCAUUGAACACUGCAAUCACUUUACGGAUGAGAACAUGGACACCUCCAGAUAGAGGCAGGUGUUGGAGUCCCAGGGGCAGCCCUCCUACGCCUGCCUCCUCCCCAAUUCACCUGUACAUAGGUUGGACUGUCUCUUCUCACCAGCUUAGCUGUCGGAAGGAAGAAGCCCUUAGUGCGUGCUGGGCUGCGUUGGAAGUGUGCGUACCUGGACAUUGUUAGGAAGACGAGAGAGGCUCAGGAAAUGGGGGGAGGGAGGGGAAACGGGUUUUUUUUUUGUUUGUUUGUUUUUUUAGAGAAACCACACCUGAGCAGUUGUCUUUGAGGGACCAUUUUUUUUUGCACACUACAAUUGCUUCCCUUUAAAGGUGGAGUUUGAGAUAGGAAAGGGGGGAGGAAGGGUGUUUAAAAAGUACUGAUUGGUGUUUUCAUUUGUGUGUGUAUGUGUGUGCGUGCGUGUGUGUAUCAUGACUGUGUGAAAUGAAAAUCCACGCUGUUCUGUAUCUGUGGAGCUUUUUGACAAGAGCACAAAGGUCUCCUUGGAAUCACAGAGCAGCCCUUCGGCUGAGAGCCCCUUCCCCUUUUGCAAUGCCCCGGGGGGGGGGGGGGGCUAAAAGAUUUAGGCACCGCAAAGCUGCUCAUCCCAAGCCAGGAAGGACUGUGGGGCUGGGGAUUAUGGGUGCUGUCGACCCACCUGAAUGGCCUCAGAGCGCUCCGAUCGGAACACUAAGGCGGAACGGGAUGGCUUCGCUCUCUCUUUCGAAAUCUCCCCCGUUUCCUUGCCAAAGCAGCGAAGAAAUUUGGGCCAGUUAAUAUUGAGGUAGGUCAAAACCGAUCUACCCUCCCCCUCCCCUUCAGAUACACGGCGUUGGUUGGCAGUUGCUUCGAGAAUUUUAAAAACCAGGAGAGGGAAAAAAAAAAAAGCUCAUCCUUGGUCAGUCCUGCAAAUCCUUGAGGGUUAUUGCUGUGACCGGACACUUUGGGUGCUGAUAAGGGGUUAAAGUGAGCAGUAGUUUAUCUGCAAAGGGUCAGGCGUGGAAAUAAACCUGUUGUUCGGCUCUGGAGACAGGGCAGAGGUAGCUGCUCACUCCCUGGACGACACACGCGUGAGGUUGAGACUCUUGAGGCAAAGAGUCAAAAAAACCACGGCUCACUCUCUCUAGCCAGGAAAAAGCAGAAUCUUCCUCUUAGCUUAAACUUUCUUUGGAAGCCGCUUGAAUGUCUGGAUCAGAAAAACCGAGACCUUGCGAAAUGUAGAUUAAAACUUGCGAAAUUUA